AUGCAGCUCGAUGACGCCGACUCGAGCCUGGCCUUUAAAGGUGCAUGGAAACACUUUGGCCCAAGCUCAAAAGGAACAAAAUCGGCUUACAAUAAGACUCUCUCCAUGAGCGAGAGUGCUGGAGAUACUGUCACCAUAAAAUUCACUGGAACUUCGAUAGCAGUUCGGGGUUGGCUCCUGAGAUCGAGCAACUCUACCGUCAUGCCGGUGUCUUCCUAUAGCGUCGAUAAUGGCCCAUCUGUUGUGUACGCGCCGCUCAACUCCGACAUGGGGACGGCCCUGCCAAUCGUAUUUUUCUCCUCUUCGAAUCUGGACCCGGGACCGCACACACUUGUCGUCAAGAACGAGAGAAAAGGUGGAAGAUAUUACUUGGACUACCUUGAAGUCGCUCCGUCAGAUGUGCCUUGCGAGAUGGAAGUAGGACACGGAGAAGAUGGAGAACCCGCAAAGCCCGGCUCAACUGAGUUCUACUCAAAACUCAUCAUCAGCGCGGUCCUCGUUCUUGCAGGAGGCGUCUUUGCCGGGCUGACUCUCGGUCUUAUGGGCCUGGACGAACUCCACCUUCGCGUACUUGCCACGUCUUCGGAGAACUUGAACGAGAAGAAGAAUGCUCAGAAAGUGCUCAAUUUGAUGCGCAAGGGACGUCAUUGGGUUCUCGUGGUCCUCCUAUUAGCCAACGUCAUCAUCAACGAAAGUUUGCCCAUCUUCCUAGACGGUGCUAUUGGCGGAGGUGUUGCUGCUGUUGCCAUUUCGACUACCGCUAUCGUCAUCUUUGGAGUCAUCCCUCAAGCUCUCAGCGUUCGCUAUGGGCUCUCUAUCGGCGCAACUUGCGCUCCUUUCGUCCUUGGGAUGAUGUACCUCUUCUCAGCCAUCGCCUGGCCCAUGGCGAAGCUCCUCGACUUCGCCCUUGGUGCCAACGAGCAACAUACGUACAAGAAGGCAGAGCUAAAAUCAUUCCUUCAGUUCCACCGCACGGGUGAGGAGCCGCUCCGCGACGACGAGAUUGCGAUUCUGAAUGGAGUCUUGGAGUUGAACACCAAGAAUGUGGAGGCAAUCAUGACACCGCUGAAAGAUACGGUCAUCUUGAGUGCGGACGCGAUUUUGGACCAUAAGGCCGUCGAUGCCAUUCUCCUUAGCGGCUACUCUCGUUUCCCCGUUCACGAACCAGGCAACCCGCUCGCGUUCGUCGGCCUGUUGCUUAUCAAAAAGCUCCUCACCUACGACCCGAGCAAAGCUCUUCCCGUCUCCGCCUUCCCAUUAUCCAUCCUGCCCGAAGCUAAACCUUCAAUUAACUGCUUCCAAGCCCUGGAUUACUUUCAAACUGGUCGCGCACAUCUUCUCUUGAUCAGCCGUACGCCUGGUCUCGCCGGAGGUGCCAUCGGUGUUAUCACCCUCGAAGACAUAAUCGAGGAGAUCAUAUCAGAAGAGAUCGUUGACGAGACGGAUCGCUACGAGGACAACAUCAGCAAAAAGCGCGCCAAGAGGGCUACGACGGCUGCUAUCAUGCGAGGAAUUGUUGAACGGGAACGAAGGCGCGACACUAAAGACUCCGUAUCCGAACGCACGCCCCUACUUGCGGGCAUCCCAGAGUCAGGUGACAACAGAUUACCGAGCGCGAGCAGUACAAACGAGCAGAAUUAUGGCGGUGUCGUUAGCGAGUCGCCGAAGGACUCAUAA